AUGAAGCCUCCAGCGCUUGAAUAUGCUAUUGAAGACGAUGAGAUGACCAUCUGGCUUCUACACCAUGCAGCAGACCCAAACCGACAAUGUUCGAUUGAUUUCAGGCCAUUGUCUUAUGCCGUUGACCGUGCUCCGCUUCGUACCAUCAAGCUUCUGCUAGAUCGCGGAGGAGAUGGCCGCAAGGGACAACUACCCCAUCAUGCUAUUGACGAACAGGAGGAUGUCGUUGAUGUGCUAGCCAUGCUUCUUGAAAGGGGUGCGGCAUUGAACUCGAAGAUGUACGAGACUCAUUAUUUCUCAUGGAGACUAUAUUACUUCAUGGGCCUUGGCACCGCUCUACACAAAGCAGCAGAUCUAGGCAAGAUAGAUGCAGUACUAUCUGAUUAG